AUGACAGCAGUUAACAAUAGAGAAAGUGUACACUCAUACUACAGGACCAAAAACUGGCUCACUCACCAGGACCAGCGCUUCAGAGGCAGGACUUCUCUGUUCAGGGAUCAGAUCUCCAGAGGAAACGCAUCGCUCCAGCUGACAGAGGUGGAGGUUCGGGACGAGGGCAGAUACAAGUGCUACGCCAGCACUAGGACUGGAUACAAUGAGUCAUUUAUAAAUCUCAGAGUGAACGUUCCAGUGCAUGAAGUCAAGUUUCAGAAGGUAGAAAACAGGAUCAUCUGUAGCUCAGAUGGGAUCUACCCUGAGCCUGAGCUCACCUGGUCCAUCAACCCAUCAUCCAGUCUGACUCUCCAGAGCACAACUAAAGUCCAGCGGACUGAGCAGCAGCUCUACAACAUCAGCAGCUCUCUGAUGCUCUCAGACAACGUGACUGAUCUGGACUACAUCUGUACCGUCAGCACUCGCACAAACAGCAGGAGAGCCUCUUUGAUUAGACAGAGUAAGUAUUAUGAAAAAGACCUGCAGCCAUAA